ACAUGGAGUCGGCAACCUUAGCUGACAUAAGGAAAGAUGCAGAAUAGUUUUUUGGUGAGAACAACCUUUGGAAAGUUGUUCUCUCUGGAUUUGCUAAAAGGUUUCUUCCCCACCACUCUACUCUUGGCAGGUAAACACGAAGAGCAACAGGAAGAAGGAGGAAUAGUCUCCAAGAACUUCACUAAGAAAAUCCAGCUUCCUGGAGAGGUGGAUCCCACCACAGUGUUUGCUUCCUUAUCACCAGAGGGGCUGCUGAUCAUCGAGGGUCCUCAGAUACCUCCCUACUACCAGUAUGGAGACAGUAGCUAUGGUAACGAGAUACCCGUGGACAACCAAGAAACCACCUGUGCCUGAAGCCUCUCAUUGCAUUUCCUCCCCUUCAACCCUUGCUCUUCCCUCCUUGUGUGACUGCGUUCGCCAAAAGCCGAUUUGAUUUUGUACAUUUUCUUAUAAGAUCCUCUUUUGUAAAAACAUGUCCUGCUGCUUC